AUGGCUAACGAUCGAGAAGUUUUGCGUGAAAUAUGGGAUGGAAAACUACCCAUUUGUUUUCAACUAGCCCAAGAAGAAAUCAUGGAAAUACAGCAACCAGACCCCUUUUAUGUGAUGGUGCCUCGACUAAGUUAUUUUCCUUUGGUUAUAGAUAAGAUGAAAAGGCAUUUCUUAAGGUACAUAUCACAAGAAAGUGCUGAUAAUGAAAUGUGGCUUGACUAUAAUGGGCAACCACUGAAAUGGCACUAUCCCAUAGGUUUUUUGUAUGAUUUAUUUUGUGGAAAUGACCCGCAGUUACCUUGGACUUUAACGGUGCAUUUUACGAAAUUUCCUGAAAAUAUUUUACUUCAUUGCCCAAACAAAGAUGUAGUUGAAGCACACUAUAUGUCUACUGUAAAAGAAGCAGAUGUUCUUAAGCAUAGAGGGCAAGUUAUGUCAACUAUGCAAAAGAAAGACCAUAAUCAAUUAUGGCUAGGUUUACAAAAUGAUAAAUUCGAUCAAUUUUGGGCUAUAAACAGAAGGUUAAUGGAAUCUCAUGGGGAUAAUGAAGGCUUUAAACAAAUUCCAAUAAGAAUAUACUCAGAAGAUGGUAUAUGUUGCCAGAGGCUAAUUAGCCCUAGAAAUACUGAUGGCAGUCGAAAGAUUGUUCAACAGCUAAUCUCUGAAUUAUAUCCAGACAAAACUGAAGUCAAACUAAGAACCCAUGGCAUCUUAAUACCCUUAGAUACACCACUUCAGUGGCUCUCCGAACAUAUGAGCUACCCUGAUAACUUUUUACAUAUUUGCUUGUGC